AUGAGCGCUCGCGAUUUGGUCGAGGGGGAGGCCAUGCUGGAUGAUGACGAGGAGGAACUUCCCGAUGACUACGAAGGGGAAGUCCGUGAGGGUGCUGGCACCGAGAAUCACUUCAACGACUCCAGCGAAGAAGACGAAGAAGAUGACGAUGAUGAAGAGGCUGCUCGCGCCGUCCGCGAAGGUUUCAUCGUCGACGAAGAUGAGGAACUCGAAGAACGUGCCGAACGCCGACGGGAGAAACGGAAACGGAGACGGGAGGAACGCGAGCGCGAAGAUGAGCAUCUGGAUGAAGAAGAUCUCGAGCUCAUCGGUGAGCUCAAUCCUGCGCUGAAAGAGUCCGCCGCUGAAUCCAAAUAUAAGCGCCUCAAGAGAGGCCACAAAGAUCGCGAUUCGCGCCACACUUCCCAAGGUAUCCACGACAUUUUCGAUUCCGAUGAGGAGGAGGAAGGGGCAGGCGACUAUGGUCGUCCUAGUCACCGCCGACCAAUGGAUGAGAUGGACGAUUUCAUCGAGGAGGAUGUGUUCUCGGAUGAAGAAGUUCAGCGCGAGAGGGAGGAUCUGGAGAUCGCACGUCCGGCAAAGAGGGGCUUCACCGGUCCGGGAGCCGCCGAUGCCACCGGCUUGGAUGAAAACGCACUCGAGGAUAUGCGCGCCGCGUUUGGUGAUGGAAAUGAAUACCUUUUUGCCCUGGAGAUGGAGGAUCAAGAGCAGGAACAGGAAGAGGACGAAGAGAAGCAUCUGGACCUGAAGGAUGUCUUCGAACCCUCGCAGCUGGCCGAGAAGAUGUUGACGGAGGAGGAUAACGAAAUCCGUUUGUUGGAUGAGCCGGAACGUCACCAGAUUGCCCGCAAGCCGUACCGGAAUGUCACUUUGACAGAGGACCAGUUCCGGGAGGAGGCCGCAUGGAUCGCCAACCUCAUGCUUCUCAAGAAGCGCAUUGAGCCGGAACUGCGAGAACCCUUCCAGCGCUCCGUCGCCAAGGUCUUGGAGUUCCUCGUCACCGAUGACUGGGAGGUUCCCUUCAUCUUCCAUCACCGCAAGGACUACGUGAUCCAUACCGUCAAGGUCCCCGCCGACGGGUAUGAUGCCGAUUCCUCCCAAUACACCACCAAGGCGGAGAAGCUAUUGAACAUGACAGAUUUGUGGGAGAUCUUCGACCAUGAUCUCAAGUUCAAGGCCCUGGUGGAGAAGCGCAAUACGAUUCAGAAAACCUACGACAACAUUCAGAGUCUUUACGAGGUGAACGAUCCGGUAGUGGAGGAACUCCUCCCGGUGGCCACGACCAUGGAGGAGCUCCAAGAUGUCCAGGACUACAUCCAUUUCCAGUACGCCUCCCAGCUGCGCGAUCUGACCUUGAUGAACGGCGACGCGAAUGGCGAGAACCAGCGGCGAAAGGCUACCAGCAAAACUUUCUUCGAGCGCGUUCGCAACGGCAAAGCUUACGGUCUCGUGAACGCCUUUGGUAUCACAGCCGACGCUUUCGCGCAGAAUGCUCUAAAGGAAGGCCGUCGUCAGUACACCGAGGACCCCACCAGUCGUCCAGACGAGAUGGCGGAUGGUUUCGUGGACAAUGAUUUCUCCAAUGCCUCCCAUGUCGUGAAAGCCGCGAAGAGCAUGUUCGCGGAAGAGAUUGUUAUGAGUCCGAAGAUGCGCAAGGUCGUCCGGCAGGCAUACUACAUGAACGGUGCCGUCGACUGCUUCCGCACGGAGAAGGGUCUGCGAAGAAUCGAUGAGCAGCAUCCCUACUACGAAUUCAAAUACCUACGCAAUCAACAGCUCAGUGACAUCGCUCGGCGGCCGGAGCUGUAUCUCCGCAUGCUUAAAGCCGAAGAGGAAGGUUUGGUGGAAGUCAAGGUCCGGUUCGAGAAUUUCGACCAUUUCCGCCAGCGCCUGUACCCGGAUAUUGAGUCCGACAACUACAGUGAACUUGCGGACGCCUGGAACGGCCUGCGCAGGGAGGUUUUGGACAUGGCCCUGGGCAAGCUGGAACGGCUGAUCAACCGCAGUGUGAAGGAAAACAUUCGCCAGGAAUGUGAAAACCAUGUGGCGAAAGAAUGCCGGGAGGCCUUCUACCAGCGGUUGGAUCAAGCUCCGUAUAAGCCCAAGGGCAUGGUUAUCGGAACCAUCCCUCGUGUUCUCACCUUGUCGACAGGAUCUGGCAUCGUUGGUCGGGAUCCCAUCCAUUGGGCUUACAUCGAGGAGGAUGGCCGCGUGCUGGAGAAUGGCAAGUUCACUGAUCUGUCCGUGGGAGACGUUGAUCGGGGAGUUGCCGAUGGUAAGGAUCUGGACGCGCUACUUGACCUGAUUGAGCGCCGUCGGCCUGAUGUGCUCGGUGUGUCCGGUAUGACCCCCGAGACGCGCCGGCUGUAUAAGCUGCUCUGCGAAGCCAUCGAAAAGAAGGAUAUUCGGAGUGCCCCCUACACGAAUGAUAUGAACAAGGAAGUUCGCGAUCCCAUGGAAGUGAUCAUUGUCAACGAUGAGGUGGCGCGACUGUAUCAGCACAGCGAGCGGGCGCGCAAAGAUCAUCCUAGCUUUGGUCCCCUGACACAUUACUGUGUCGCCUUGGGCAAAUACCUGCAGAGUCCGUUGAAGGAGUAUGCUUCGCUGGGGCGGGACAUCGUGUCGAUCCAGUUCAAGCCGGGCCAACAACUGAUUUCGCAGGAUCUCUUGUUGAAGCAGCUUGAAACCGCACUGGUCGAUAUCGUCAACAUGGUGGGAGUUGACAUCAACGAAGCGGUGAUCGACACCGCGACGGCCAACCUUCUGCCGUACGUUUGUGGUCUGGGGCCGCGGAAGGCGGCGCAUCUGCUCAAGAUCGUCAACAUGAAUGGGGGAGUCGUGAACAACCGGGUGGAGUUGCUGGGCGUGAACGCCCAGUAUCCGGCCAUGGGAGUGAAGGUGUGGAACAACUGCGCCAGCUUCCUGUAUGUCGAUUUCCAGCAGACCGAUCCGGAUGCCGACCCGCUGGAUAACACGCGAGUGCACCCCGAAGACUAUGAUAUUGCCCGGAAGAUGGCGGCGGAUGCGUUGGAACUGGACGAAGAAGACAUCAAGGCGGAGACGGAUGAAAAUGGCACGGGAGCGAUUGUCCGCAAGCUGUUCCGUGAACAGGCGCAGGAUCGUGUGAACGAUCUGAUCCUGGAAGAAUAUGCCGAGCAGCUGGAGAAGAACCUGAAUCAGCGGAAGCGGGCGACACUGGAGUUGAUCCGGGCCGAACUGCAGGGACCGUAUGAGGAGCUACGCAAGCAGCUUGUCUUCCUGAGUACGGAUGCGAUCUUCACCAUGCUCACAGGUGAAACGUCAGAGACCUUGUCGGAAGGCAUGGUGGUUCCGGUUUCUAUCAAGCGGGUCAGCGACGACCACAUUGACGGGAAGUUGGAUUGCGGCGUCGAGGCGUUGGUCCCAGAGUCGGAGCUCACGGAUCGAUAUGACAUCCCCGUGCGCGCCUUGUACGCGCCGCACCAGACGGUGCCGGCUAAGAUCCUGUUCCUGAACCGCAAGAACUUCACGUGUAAUGUGUCGCUUCGCGAAGAACAGGUGAGCCGGCCGGUGGCUAAGGUGCCGGACCGGAUGCCCACCGAAUGGGAUGACCGACAGGAGCGGCAGGAUCGCGAGGCCUUGCAGGAGAAGACGCAGAGCGGCGGACGGACGAUGCGUGUCAUCAAACACCCGCUGUUCCGGCCGUUCAACUCGACGCAGGCGGAGGAAUUCCUGGGCACGCAGAGCCGAGGCGAUGUGGUGAUCCGGCCGUCGUCCAAGGGACCGGAUCAUCUGGCGGUGACCUGGAAGGUGGCGGACGGAAUCUUCCAGCAUAUUGACGUCUUGGAGCUGGACAAGGAGAACGAGUUCUCGGUGGGUCGCACGCUGAAGGUGGGCGGACGGUACACGUACAGCGAUCUGGACGAUCUGAUCUUCAACCACGUCAAAGCGAUGGCCAAGAAGGUGGACGAGAUGACAUUGCAUGAGAAGUAUCAAGACGGCAACCGGGAUGCUACCUAUCAAUGGUUGGAGACGUAUACCAAGGCCAACCCGAAGCGAUCGGCGUACGCAUUCUGCAUCGACCCGAAGCACGCGGGAUACUUCUUCCUGUGCUUCAAGGCAGGCGAACGGGCGCCGCUGCACAGCUGGCCGGUGAAAGUGAUUCCCCAAGGCUACGAGUUGCAACGCAAUCCGUAUCCCGACAUGCGGGCGUUGUGCAAUGGGUUCAAGCUGCUCUUUACGAACAUGCAGGCGGGCAAGCGGCGGUGA